AUGGCGGGUAAAUCGAAUGGUGUUGAUACAUCGGAUUGGGCUCGAACUCCUCCCACUUCAGGGCCCCUGUGGGAGAGGGUUUGUAAGGCGAUUUACAAUCCAGAAGACAAAAGCUUUUUGGGCCGGACGCCGAAAAGAUGGGGAAUCGCGUUGGUUUUCUACCUGGUCUUCUAUGCAGUGUUGGCAGCUAUGUUUGCAGCGUGUAUGGGAGUUUUGCUUAUGCUCAUAGAUGAGAAAAGACCUAUGUACACACUCGAGAGCUCAUUAAUAGGAGCGAAUCCGGGAGUUGCGUCCAGGCCGGCCGUGGAAGGUUCCUUCCUUUUAGACAAUACUAACACAAGCAGUUAUGGCAUCUACGUCGACGAGUUGAAAGAUUUCUUUAGCGAUUACACAACUGAAGAGUGGUAUUUAUCGAGGAAGGGGUGCAAAGAGGAAGAUAGUUUUGGCUAUCCCACAUCACCAUGCUUUUUCAUUAAGUUGAAUAGGAUUUACGGUUGGAAACCACAAUACUAUGAUGCAAAAAGUUUACCUACAGAUAUGCCUGAGCACCUCUCAGAAUACAUUGCAUCAUUAACAGAUAUUGAGCAACAACAAAUCUGGAUAUCCUGUGUGGAUGAAGUGUCAAAUGCGACGAGUAUCGAAUACCCUUGGGGACGCGGCCUUCCGGGUAGAUACUACCCCUACCAAAAUGAAGUUGGGUAUAUAAGCCCCGUGUUGGCGAUUAAAGUUACGCCACCUGCAAACACCCCAACCACGAUUCGAUGCAGAACAUGGGCUAAAAACAUUAUUUACAACAAGAGUUUGAAAGAGCCAUCUGGUUACACUCGUAUUCAACUUUACCUCGAAGAUAACACUAGUCUUAACUCGACAAACACAGAUGGCGCUGAAAUCAAAUAA